AUGUCUACUCAAUCCGUGCAGUGUUUUGGUAAAAAGAAGACCGCCACGGCCGUUGCUCACUGCAAGGCUGGCCGCGGUCUCAUCAAGGUCAACGGACGACCUCUCCAGCUCGUCCAGCCCGAGAUCUUGCGCUUCAAGGUCUACGAGCCUCUCCUCGUUGUUGGCCUUGACAAGUUCGCCAACGUUGAUGUGCGCGUGAGAGUCAGUGGGGGAGGCCAUACCAGUCAAAUCUAUGCCAUCCGACAGGCCAUCGCCAAGUCCCUGAUCGCCUACUACCAGAAGUUCGUCGAUGAGCACUCCAAGAACCUCCUCAAGCAGGCUCUUGUCCAGUUCGACCGAACCCUCCUCGUUGCCGACAACCGCCGCUGCGAGCCCAAGAAGUUCGGUGGUAAAGGUGCCCGUUCUCGCUUCCAGAAGUCUUACCGUUAA